AUGGCCAAAUUCCAUUGCGAUGUAUGUUCCUCUGAUUGCACAAGACGUAUCCGAAUCAAAUGCGCUGAAUGCACAGAUUAUGACCUCUGUGUGCCGUGCUUUGCCAAAGGUCGUGCUACUGGUAAGCACAAACCUUGGCAUGCAUAUAGAGUGAUCGAACAGCAUCAAUAUCCUAUCUUUGAUAAGGACUGGGGAGCAGAUGAAGAAUUGUUAUUGGUGGACGGAUGUCAAACUCUGGGUCUUGGAAACUGGCACGAUAUUGCAGAUUACAUCGGAGGACGAUCCAAGGAGGAAGUUGGUGAACACUACGAGAAGGUAUAUCUGAACUCUGAAUACUAUCCUAUUCCGGAUCUCAACCAAUCGUUUCCUCAAUUGUCAACGACACGAUUUCUUAGUCGGCGUAAGGAAAGACUCGAUGCUCGCAAGAAUCUGCCGCUUCCACCACCUACUAAGAUCCUAACAUCGGGACCAUUAUGUUCGGAUAUUCAGAGAUACAUGCCUGGACGACUAGAAUUUGAAGAAGAACCGGAUGAUGAUGCAGAAAAAGUGAUCCAGGACAUGGUUUUCGAUCCCGAAGACUCUGAGCAGGACGUGGAAUUGAAAUUCAUGAUAUUAAGAAUUUACGAUGAGAAAUUGACGAUACGUGCAGAAAGGAAAAGGUUGAUUUUAAAAGAUGGACUAUUGAAUUACAAGCAGAAUAAUGCUGUGGACAGAAAGAGAACCAAGGAUGAGAAAGAAUUGUAUAAUAGAAUUAAGCCAUUUGCUCGUGUGAUGAGCAACGAGGAUUUCCCUGUUUUUUCACAGGAAGUUAUGAACGAGUUCAAGAUCAGAAAUAGGAUUUAUCAACUUCAGAACUGGAGAAGAAAUGGUAUCACUACAAUUGAUCAGGGUGAGCAUUUUGAGAAGGAAGAAUCGAAUAGACUGGCCAGAAUCUCAUUACCUUCCAGUGGUACAAGGCAUAGCCAUUCCCACUCACACUCUGGUAGACAUUCAAGAUCGCAAACUCCGGAGUCCUCCAGUAAGUGGAGUAGAAGGAAGGGGGGAUCUAUGCUCUCAUCGAUUUAUUCUGAUCAUCCAGACAUCACUGCUGCUCCUGAUUAUGAGUUAUUGUCUCCAGAAGAGAGACAUUUGUGCACGACUCUUAAUAUUCUGCCUAAACCUUAUUUUGCCAUUAAGGAAGCUCUGUUCCGUGAAUUACUUAGUAAUUGCGGUCAACUGAAUAAAAAAGCCGCCAAGGAGAUGUUGAAUAUCGAUUCCACAAAGAUCAGUAAGAUCUACGACUUCUUUGUGAGCCAGAGAUGGUGUCGGGCCAAUUGA